AUGGAGGUCCCUUCUGAGUUCGACACAAGCUCGUGGGAGAUCUUGUCGCCGCAGCCCCCUGGGGCUGCCCUAUCGGAUCCCUUUGACUGGCCCUCCGCAUCCUCUGUCUUAUCGCCGUACGCUGGCCCACCUACUGGUGAAGGGGAAUCGACCAUCCGCCAACAACUACGUAAAACACGUGUUUGUAAGCACUUCCUCAAGGGUCGUUGUCACUACGGUGCCUCCUGUACUUUUGCUCAUUAUGACAGUGAGCUCUUCAAAAAGCCCAACUUGGCCAGGACUAAGAUGUGUACCAAACCCCAUUGCAACGACCCCGAGUGUACCUAUGCACAUUCUUUGGAGGAACUAAGACAGCCAGGUGAGGCUUCUGAUAUGGACACUGCCCGGGUUGACAUGCAGCAUGAGAAAGUGCUUGGUGAGCAGCGGGCUUUGUUGACCGUCCAUGGCCUCAUGGCGCAGACUGGUGAUGGUGCUACUGAGGGUCCUAGCCCUGGAAUUCUCCCGAGUCCUCCCUACUCCCCACACCACCGACAGGGUACACUAUGGGUGCUCCCUUUGGGAAUCCUAGACGGAGGAGUGGUCAUUCUCCAAUUGAUGGGUCGCGCUCUCGAAGUAGCCUCAAGAUAUCUACCCUUCAUGCGUUGGCGACUAAAAACGAGGAGCUUCGAAGACAAGUGGAAAUGA